AUGGCUACUCCGGCUGCGUUGCCACCAUUGCCGUUCAACCCUUCCAGGGUUCGAUCCUACGUUCUUCGUCUCCCUCUCUUCACUCGGCUUGUGCUCUUGGCUAUCCUUGUGUUUUGGCUUCUCGAAUUGCAAACGGUCUGGAGCGUAGUACAAUGGGGUUCAGUGAUACCGGAGGAGAUCAACAUUGGCACUAUGUAUCGGCUCAACACUUACCCUUUCAUUCAUGUCGGGUUUUUCCAUGCUUUCCUGAAUCUCUUGGCGCUCACUCCAUUGUUGGAGCGGUUUGAAGCCGAGCAUGGCACGUUGACUGCCGUGGCUUUGUUCUUUGGACCUCUUUCCACAUUUCCGGCGGGAGCAUAUGUCUUGUUCGAGAAAUUCGUCUUGCAUAGGAACACUGCAGUGGUCGGUGCCAGUGUUUGGGUCUUUCUACUCCUGGGCUCCGAAGCUAUUAGAACAUUCAAAUCCAACCCGUACUUCAGUCUUGGGCCCUACAAAAUCCCUACGUGGACAUCUCCUCUGUUCGCGUGUGGUCUGGUCUCGAUACUAGUUCCCAACACGAGUCUUCUGGGUCACUUGUGCGCCAUCUUUGUGGGCUACUUGUUCGGCCUCGGCUUCCUGAAAGUCUUCGUCCCCCCUGAGAAGGUCCUGCGGUGGAUUGAAGGCAAGCUAAAUCUCUUGGGAAGACUGCCACACUAUGUGUCGGUGGACCAAAAGACAUAUGGUCGGUACGGGGUCCUUCCAACCACGACUGCCGGGGGUGAGAGAGCAACUCCGAUGAGCUAUCUGGGCUCUUCGCAGCGUCUGGCCGCAAUCCGCAACUUGCGGACCAAUCCUCACUUCCUUUUCGUACACCUGCCGCGUAUUCUCUCCCUCGUCUGUAUUAUCGCCGGCGUCGUCUGGUUGCUCCUCCUUCCGCUCAACGACUACUCGCGGCAGACCUACAUCUCCGAAAACGCGCUCCUCCCAGGCCAGGUCCACGCAUACUUCUCUGGCAGUGAACAGCACAUCUUCCGGGGAUACAAGAAGGAGCUAGAGGCAAUACUGGAAGGUCAGACUCCGAGUGGCCAGGAAAGCAGAAAUGAAGAAUACACCCCGGCGGUUUCCGAAAAGAUCCAGUCCGUCUUGCGGGCGGCGGGGUUGAAAGUUGCCACGCAGAAGUAUGAGUACACUUCCUCGGGGAUUACCCAUCAGGGGCAGAACGUCUAUGCGAUCAUUCAAGCGCCGCGGGGAGACGCCACGGAAGCCAUUGUGCUUGUUGCAGCUUGGAAGACCGUGGAUGAUGAUCUCAACCUGAACGGCGUGAGCCUUGCGCUGACGCUGGCUGGGUACUUUAAGCGAUGGUCACUCUGGUCGAAGGAUAUCAUUUUCUUGUUUCCUCCGGACAGCAAAACGGGUACUCAGGCAUGGAUUGACGCCUACCAUGAUAUGCAGCCGGCAUUCGUGCAGCCGCUGCCGCUGAAGAGCGGCGCGUUGCAGGGAGGCUUGGUCAUUGAGUAUUCAUUCGAUCACCGGUUUGAGUCGCUGCACAUUCUCUACGACGGGGUCAACGGUCAGCUGCCCAACCUGGACCUAUUCAACACGGCUGUAUCGAUCGCUGGUGGCCAGAUGGGAAUUGGGUCCAAUCUGCAAGAAAUGUGGGACCACAACGACAGCUAUGAAAUGCGACUGCAGACCAUCAUGAGAGGGAUGGUUAAGCAGGGGUUUGGCUACGCGACGGGCCCGCAUAGUAGCUUCAUGCCAUACCAUAUCGAUGCCAUCACGCUGCAGGCCAAGGGCGACGGCUGGCAGGACGAGAUGGCCCUGGGCCGCACUAUCGAGGGUCUUUGCCGCAGUUUGAACAAUCUCCUGGAGCAUCUCCACCAGAGCUUCUUUUUCUACCUUCUUAUGCAGGCUAACCGCUUCGUCAGCAUUGGCACGUAUUUGCCUAGUGCCAUGCUCAUCGCUGGAAACUUCACGAUCAUGGCCAUCGCGCUUUGGCUGCGUACUGGAUACUAUACCGGCUCGAAGCAAAACCCUGCCAGACCUCCUGCAAACGCAGAAGAGACGAGUUUGCGAGCCGCUGCUCUGACGGAAAAGCUUGAUGCCAACACUGCGCAAUCAGCCGUGACGCCAGACUCAAACAGCGUCAUUGAGCGCAAACUUGCCCUUCCGCUCACCCUGGUCGUCGGACUUCAUCUCCUCGGUCUCGUUCCCCUCUAUAUCUUCAACAAUAUCAACCACCAGUACUAUUCUACUGCAACCUAUGCCAGCAUCGGCGUCAACGCCAUCCUCCCCAUAGUGCUCGCAGCCUCCCUCACCCGCGGCCUAACCACACCGCGAGACCAGCCGCAACUGUCCCUUCUCAUCAAGUCUUUCUCCCUGCUCGUCCUUGGCCUCUUCCUCUCCACCCUCGCCACCCUCAACUUCUCCCUGUCCUUCAUGGUCGGCCUGCUCUGCACCCCACUCAGCUUCGUCAACCGCAUCGACCCGCACACCACUUCUCGCCCCAUCCGGACCGUGCUAUCUGUCCUUGGUCUCGUCUUCCUGAAUGUGCUCUCCCCGCCCGUCGUCCUUCUCGUGGCGUGCUCGUACUUCGGGACGGACGUGCAGACGGUCCUCACGCAGGCCGCCUUUGGGUGGGAUGUGUGGGGCAUGUGGACGCAAGUGGUGGUCUGGUGCGUCUGGUGGCCGGCGUGGGUGACUGGGUGCGCCUUGUUAGGGUUCUCCCUGUUCUAG